UCUAAUAAGUAAAAUAAUAAACCAAACACUAAAGUAAUCACUAUAAAAAAAUAAUCAGUAUUCACUUUUCAGUUUUUACUAUUCAGUAAUCAGUAAUCACAAAUCGUAUUAAUAAUUCGUACUUCGUACUUGCGUACUUUCGUAGUCAAAUCUCAAAACAGUAAAGUUUAAAAUAUGUUACAACUUACAAGCUUACAGCGUUAAAUAGAUACUUAUUUAACCUAUCAUAAUUUUAUCUAAAAAAUACUACAAGUAUUAAUAAUAUAAAUUUUAUGAUAUAACAAAAUUCAAAUAACGAUUUACGACCAACAUUCAACAUUUACUCUAGCGUUGAGGGACGACGAACGAUAUAUUCCAUUUACAUCAUUGUCCAUACAUUGGCAAAAUGGAAGGAAAGAAACAAAUUGAUUUAAAAAAAGAGUUCAGUCAUUAUGCUACUAAAUAUAAAAGUUUAAACCCGUUCAAUGAAAUAGACUCAAAAAAACUUCUCAAAGAAAGGUACAAACAAAAUUUGGAUGAUUCCAAACCUUUGGAAGACGAACAACCAACUAAAACAGUCACUGUGGACUUAUUCAAACAAAUUCCAUUACUAGAGGAUAUAGAUUUAACUAAAUCUGAUCCUUUAUGUAAUAUGCCAAAAUUAUCUGAAAAAGAAGCUGUACGUAGAGUGAGGAAUAAAUUUAUACGACUACAAUUGUUAUACGCCCAAGAAUACAGAUAUUUGUUAUUUAAGUAUCGUGUAAAACGUCGAGAAUACUUAAUUAAUAAAAAAUGUGAUUCUGAAUCAUAUGGACAUCUAAAUAAAUCAAAAUGGACUAAUGAUGAAGAAUAUGCAAAAUUCCGUAAGCUAAAACUAUUGGAACACUAUCAAAAAAUGACAAUAGGACAAGAGGCAGUAGUGUUUAAAACAGCAAUGGAUAGAAAAAUAAGAGCAACUUCGUUAUUAAACAAUAAGGGAAAGUCACAUCUUCCACACUGUACAUAUGUAGAAAUGGGUAUAAAAUGCACAGGAAAAAUGAUACCAAAAAGUAAGUAUUGUAAGAAACAUAUCCUCAAGGAUCCAAAGCAAAUUUUAUUCAGAGCUUGCAAUGUGCUUCAAAGUGAUAAUCAAUGUCAAGAGCCUAUUGUAAAUUUUGAUAUCAAAUCUACAUGUGUCUUACAUGAGAAAUUGCCAAUGCUUCGAGAUUAAAUAUGUAUUUAUAGAUAUACUACACAAAAAAUAUUUUAUGUAUUUCUAUUUAGGUUACCUACCAAGUACAUUUUUUAGUUAAAUAGGAAUUCUUACUUUAAUUUAAUCAAUUUAUAAUACUCUAACUAAAAUAAGUUUUAUUUAACAAAUAAUUACUUAGUUAUAUAUAAUAUAUAAAUUAUGCUGUUAAGUAUAUAAUACGUAUCUUAGUAUAGGGAAAUUGAAAUGUAAUAAAUUCAUUUUGCCAUUAUAAUGUUUAUAUGUAAAUAAUGAUAAGAUCUAUAAUAAGUUGAAAUAUAUUUAUGAUAGCCAUUGUAAGAAAAUUUGGUUUAUUGUUCAAUACUAAGCAAGACAGCUUAACAUUUUGGGUUAAAUCAGCAUAUAACUAAAUCUAUUAUUAAUAAUAAAAUUACACGUGUCAAAUAAAUCAAUGUCAAACAUAACUCUGGUACAAUAAAUACUUAAAUAAUAACAUAUUAAAAAACACCAUCAUGUAUAAAAAAGUAUAGUUUUAUAUCAAUUAUUAACCGUUUGGUAAUAAGCAGUUACUGAACAAAGAAAAAAAGUUUGAAAGCAAUUGCUAAUAAACAAUGGGAGCAAAUUUUUAAAUGUAUCAUGUUAUCUGACAUUAACUGUAUGUUAUAACCACUAUUGCACUUAUUUAUAAGAAAAUAAAAAAAGUUAUCUGUAGAUACUUUCUCAUUAAAUAUGAAUAACCUCGGGAA